AGUAGCCACUGGCAGCUCUUAGUCAUUCAAAUAUGUUGUUGUUAGCCGGAUUCUACAGAAAUUGGAUCUAUAAUCAUUCGAUAAUGCGACCAGACGUCAUUCGUUUCAUAUCUUAUGGGCGUGGGCGCGGUCAGUUCUUCUUACUGUUACAUAUCAGCCACUUCUAGCUACUCGUUUUCGUUCGACUUCCCGUUGAAAGGCGUCGCAGCACAGCUCACCGCUUGCUAUGAAGACUCGGCUUGUCGUGUGUGUUGUCAUUGUUGUCGGUUUGGUUGUGCAUCAGAUGACUGAAAGUUUUGCUGACGACUGUGAUUCAUCUCCGUGUCGUCACGGUGGAACGUGUUCAGGUACUACUUCCGGAUUCGAAUGCCAGUGUCCUCGUCGGUACUUAGGAGAGUUCUGUGAGAGGCACGACUGCGUCAUCAAUCCUUGUCAAAAUGGGGCGUUUUGUGUUACGUGUCCUAAUUCUUUCUUCUGUCCGAGCAUAACCGAUCGAGGCUUCCAGUGUAGUUGUCGGAGUGGCUUUCAGGGAGCUCUGUGCGAUUUGGACGUCAACGAGUGUCAGCAGAUUGCCGGACUUUGUAAGAAUGGAGGGACGUGUGUCAAUACGUUUGGAGGAUAUACUUGCACCUGCAGGCAAGACUAUACAGGAUCCAAGUGUGAAACAUACGCGCCUCCUGCCGUCGAACCAAGCAGCGCCAAACUGCUCCUACCUUCCACGAGCGUUCUCAUCCCUAUCUUCUCCACUCAUCCUAAUCUUCCUUCGUUGCAUGCCACGAGCACCUUGCAAGUUGCUGCUACAAGUCAAGACUUUGGUUCUAGUAUUGAGAUGAGCUCUCCCGUUAUGUAUACAACAGACGAAUCGUCGACUGUCAUUUCCAGCUUCCUGGAAGGUUAUCACUACUCCACAUUUACUGUUUCUUCGAUGGCCACACUCAGUAGCAGGAUCACCACCGCUUCUUCUAGUAUUUCUUAUUUGAAGUCUAGUGAGACACCGGGUUCCACAAGUGUCGGUUGGAGUGCCUCUAGUGCUCGACUUGGGUCUGAUCGAGUGUCGACAGUUGCGAGUGUAUUGGCAUCCAGCAGGGUUGCUGCAAUAUCAGAGAUGACUUCGAAUGUUCAGCCAUCCAGUAGCUCUUCUGUAUCUCCAUCGGCUUUCACUGUUUCUUCUGGCGGUUCUUCGCUGGCAGCUGCUGUUGGGUCGAUUGUUUCAUCAUCGCCUGUUGGUCAUGUGACGUCUGAAAGUUUGGGGCGGGUUGCCACGCCCUUGUUGCUAACCACAAGAUCAACAGUUGUGACCAUGAUGAUGUCGAGUCUUCAAACGAGUUCUGUAUCAACUCACAGUUUGUGGUCGCCGACUACUUUUGAUGUCGCUUCGUCCUCUUUGCAGCCAUCGGUUGUUGUGGAUGUUGGUGUUCCGGUCUCGCUGAGGGAUGUCAAGACUGGUGGGCUUGAUCCGGUCUUUAUCUUACUGGUUGUUUCUUUUGUCUUGUUUCUCGUCUUCAUUGUCGCCAUCUUGAUCUGGAAACACUACAAAAAAUUGAAAUAUAGGACGGUUAUGGAUAAAGUUUCAAAGAGGCUCGAGAUGUCGAGGAGAGACGGUGGUGGCAACUCGUAUUCGAUAAGAGGCCCGAGCAGCAUACCGAUGAUAUCAGAAUCCGACGCAGACUGCAACAUGACGGCCAUGUUUCAAAACCCUGCCGCUUGUCCGCCGUAUGUCAACUUGAACAGACGUUCGACUAUAGCCGCAAUCGGCAGUCACGACCACCCGAAAGACAAGCCGUAUACGAGACAGUUGACGUUAUCUGGUUCGAUGAGAACACAACAAAAGCAACGACCACCGAUAGCUCACGAAGGUUUCUGGGAAGGACACCCGGGUGAGAUUGUGUAUGAAAAUCCGGCAAUGCUUGAAGAAGCGAUCAACCAGAAGCAGACUUCGUCUUCAUUGCUUGUUCCGGAUUCGAUUCGGGCUCGUCCACCGUCAGCUGUUUUGAUGAUUCCGCCGCCACCGCCACCUGAAGAGGAAAUUGAACCGGUGACACCGACUUGUCCUCCACCCGAAGAAGUGAUGUAUGAGGAACUCGAGCUUCGUGAUCCACCGUAUAAUAACAUCGGGAGAAAGAUGUCUACUGUAGAGACGACGAUACAUUUAGGGCCACGUCAGCACGAUCAUAACUACUAUUCAAAUGAAACGAGAAAUGAAUAUUUAGGAUGGCCCAAUUAGAUGUCGGUAUAGGAACUUUGUAGUGUCAACUAUAGUUGUAUAUUUAUAUCAACGGACACAGUAGAGUUUGCCUACAGCAUUGACGUGCACAGAGAUGAAAAAUGAGAACUCAUUUAUAUCUGGUUGAAUUUUUAAGUCCUGAUGUUUAGAAAUCUAUUAAUUUGUUUUGUGAUUGGUA